AUGAGCAUCCAGACCCCACCCACACUCCUGCAGCUGGCAGUAGAGAGCCUGCUGAGGGACCAGGCCUCAGCCAUCUCAGCUCUGGAGUACUUGCCCGCUGAGCUCUUCCCACCGCUGUUCAUUCAAGCCUACCGUAGGAAAAUCUGGCAGCCCCUGUCGGCGAUGGUGCGCGCCUGGCCCUUCAGUCUCCUCCCUCUGGGGGGCCUGAUGCAGCUGCCUCCGGUCAUGGUCUUAAAAUCCAUGUUGGAUGAGCUAGACGUUCUGCUUGCCCAGAAGGUUCGGCCCAGGAGGUGGAAACUGCGGGUGCUGGAUUUCAGGAACACGGGUGAGAACUUCUGGAGAAUGUGGUGUGGAGACAGCACCCCGAAGUGCUCACUGACGGGCCCAGUGGCUGUGCACAUCUCCAGCCCCAACAUGGAGCACCCCUUGGCGCCCUUGGAGGUGUUCCUAGACCUUGACUUCAAUGAAAGGGACGGGGAUGAGUUUUUCAUGUACAUCGUCCAAUGGGCCCAGCAGAGAAAAGAGUUGGUCCACCUGUGCUGCAAGACGCUGAGGUUUUUUGAUGUGCCCUUCGAGAGGGCCAGGAAGGUCCUGGAUGGGGUGCAGCUGGACUGCAUCCAGGAGGUGGAAGUGGACUACCCCUUGGACUUGCCCACCCUGGGGACGUUUGCUCUCUACCUGGGUCAGAUGAGUAACCUGCAGAGACUCUCUCUCUCCCACAUCAACCUGUUGGCCGAGGAGGAAGAGCAGCGAUCCUUUUCCCAAUUCCUCACUCAGAUGCUCAGGCUGCGGCAACUCCGAGACCUCAACAUGGAGUCUCCCUCCUUCCUCCGAGGCCGUCUGGACCAGAUGCUCAGGUGCCUGCAGACCCCCUUGGACAAACUCUCCUUAUGGUUUUGCCGGGCAGCUGACACAUUCAGACCUGACACACCUGUUCCAGUGCCCCAACCUCAGGCAGCUGAAGUCCCUGCGUCUGUAUGGCGCCAACCUCACCGAUUUUAGUCCCGAGCCCUUCCGAGCUCUGCUGGAGGCAGUGACACCCACCCUCCAGGACCUGC